GGGCCAUUUACAUUGAACAAUCACACAGGCAAAAUUUGGUUCGUUGUGCACCUACAGACCGGAAAGGAGAUUGGACUUCACUUGUGGUUUAUGUCCGUGACGUAUAUCAAAAGGCCACCAUCUGUAAACUUGGCCGAUUAUAAUUGCACAGUGUUGUUCGUUACCUCAUGUGUUGAAGAUCUGCUCCGCCUCGAUUUGACGUUUGCCAUUUGCGGAAACAGACGGUAGCAGAAAUGGCGAUGAACUUCGAAGAGGACGCAUCACGCCGUAAGGAUACAGGAGGCGAUGACAAAGAAGCUUUAACCUGCCCCGUUUGCUUAGAAAUUUAUGAAAAUCCCAUGCGAAUCGAAUGUAACCACAUAUUUUGCAGCAGUUGCCUGUUUGCACUACAGAAGCCAAAAAAGCCGAUUUGUGCUGUAUGUCGCUUCCCUCUGAAAGGUGCAACUAGAGCUAUUGAACUUGAGAGGAAAUUAGAAGUAACCCUUACAAACUGCAGUGGAUGUGGAACUCAGGUUUACAUGAAUAAGUUGCGAUCCCAUAAUGCAACGUGUGCAAAAUAUCAGGAGUUUAUUUCUGAGGGGGUGAAAGCUUCUAUGAAGGAUCAGCAUCCCAGCCUUAGCAUGCCCAAUCGCUUUACUUUUACUUGUCCAUUCUGCAAUGCAAAAAACUUGGACCAAGAUGGCUUGGUUGAGCAUUGUAUUUCAAACCAUACUGGAGAAUAUGCAAAAAAGGUUUGCCCAAUUUGCUCCUCCAUGCCGUGGGGUGACCCAAACUUCAGAAGUGCAGACUUGAUACAACAUUUGAAAAUUCGUCAUAGAUUUUCAUAUGAUACUUUUGUGGAUUAUAAUGUGGAUGAAGACGAAAUGCUCCAGGAAGCCAUUGAACUUUCACUCCAAGAUAGAAGUAUGAGAUAUUAGGGUACUAACUUUUCUCAUUAAACAAAAAAGUAACAGCUAAAGUUCAUCGAAUGAAUACUGCUCCCAUAGAGGUUUUAUAUGUGCUUAACUCUAUCCUGUGCACUUCUGAUGAUUCUUUAGUUACACAUAUAUCGACAUGGGGAAAAAAAAUACAGUAGCAGAAGUCUAACAUACAAAGGUAACAUUAUAUCAAAUAAAUAUUUAUCCGAAGGUUAUUACAGCACUUUAAUCUUGACGUUUGGUAAUGGGUACAUUUACUUUUGAUUAAAUUCCAAAUAUACUGCCUUGUAAUUUGUAUUAAUGGCCAGCUUGAAAUAGCUUUUGAAAUGAUUAAUAAAAUAUUAGUUGGAUUUCAGGUA